UUGGUAAGUUUUCCCUACUGUUCUAACGAUUCACGUGAAAUCUAAGUACCUGAGCUCCUGUAGAGGAUGGCAAUUACUUUCCACAAAAAUUGUCGAUAAAAAUCACACCUUCCAUUCACCGAUAGCUCUUCCUUCAAUCUACCAAACAUCUCCUCUUAGCUGAACAAGAAACUUUCUUCGGUGAACUCUUCAAGAACUUCCUCAAUCAUGGGAAUUUUAAGCUCUCUCUGUUUCCCACCGUCGAUUUUUCUGCAGAAACCCGGACAAGACCACCUCUUUACCACUACGUCCUCCUCCAAACUUCACAUUUCUGCUGCCAAAAGAAGUGAACGUACAGUUGAAGGACCCGUUUUGACCCGUUUUCGAGAGAGCUCGAAUGCCAUGACCAUUUUGAUGGGAGCUGCUGGAAUUGCCUUAAUCUCUCUUGCAGGGCCCGCCCAUGCUGCAGAGUCUCCAGUUUUCAGUGAACCCUCCAAUGCUCUAUCCCUUCCCACCUGGGCUAUUCAUAUUUCCAGUGUUUCUGAAUGGGUUACUGCAAUGGCAUUGGUGUGGCAAUACGGGGAGAAAUCUGGUUAUGAAUCUUGGAAGGGUCUAUCUUGGGGAAUGGUACCCCUGCUUGGAGGAGCACUUUGUGCCUGUACCUGGCAUUUCUUUUACAAUUCAGAGUCCCUUGAGGUCUUGGUGGCUCUACAAGCCGCAUUGACAGUGAUUGGAAAUGCAACAAUGUGUUUUGCCGCCUACCGUAUCUACACAUCAUCACAGGAACAGUCCAAGAACUUCUAAAUUCUAUAUUUCGGAAGAAAAGGCACUUCUCGUUGCCUCGGAGUCUCGAGGGUGAAAGAAAGUCUGGUACCGGCUGGAAUAGUUUCAGAAAUCAUGUUUUUCUAUCCCGUUAUUCAAGGAGCAGACACAAUAAUUUCCCAUCCGGGCUGGUUUCUCAUCAAGAAGUGAUUGUCAGCUUCCCUAGUUUAAAUGCCAGAAAGAUUAAGCUGUGUGAGCACACAAAAAGCGUUCCGACUCUAUGAUGACUGGUGAGUUAGUCAAUCAAAUGGCUUGACUUUGCCUCUCAAGUUAACUAUAAUGUUUUAAAAACGGCAGAGAUUAUUUCAGACUUUACGACUCUCGUUCUUGGUUAUCAUGACCAGUUUGGACACCCUUGUUAUUCUUCUGUAUUACUGUACUUAUCCUCUUUGUAAGUCAAUAAUGUUUAUUAUUAUUGCA